AUGGACUAUCUGAGAGGAGUGUCAGGCGAUUUUGUGCUACUUAAUGGCAUACGGCGUUAUGAUUCUCAUGUGACUGGUGUUGAUGUUCACAAUGUGGUUACAUCUGCGAUUGCUGAGGUGAUUGUAGCUUCCCUUUAUAAUAUUAGAUUCAGCUAGUGUGUAAUAUCGUAGCAUACCUCUGCCAGUUGCAAAUUGUCUUAUUAGUCUUCCGUCUGCAGCCGUCAUUAGGGCCAACGGGUUACUCUCUUUCCCGAAUUAUAUAUUUUAUUAAACAGAGAGAAGUGUUGAGUGACGACUCAAACUUCAAUGCUUGCCAGUGCGUAGGAAACCCAGGGGGGGCACUUAUCGGAAGUUUCGGUAGGGGUGUGCCGCUGAGGCUUUCAAACCCUAUUUACGACAACAACCAUCCAUUCCGAUACUCUGUUUAAUACAAGAGACCAUUUUCAUAACCCUUAAGAUUAUUUAUUUCUAUACGUCUACAGAAUUAGUAUUUUUAUUUGUGAAAAAAUAACAUGAUAGGACUAGAUUUCUUGAAAAAAUAUGUUGUUGCCAUCCAUUGACUGCACAAUGCCAGCAAUCAUCCCCUGUUCAAGGCCUCCGGUUCAGAAAGACACCCUGUUCAGGACCUAGAAAAGUGAAAUUGUAUACCCAUUAUAAGAAUCAAUAUCACGAAAACUAUGCCCUGUCCAGCGGCACAUACCCUUUAGGCCGAAUAAAGGAGUUCCGCUCCGGGGGGAGGAGACACGUUAUUGUACGUGAAAUGCACGCGUUUGUCAAUUUUAUUUAAGUGGUUAUAUUAAUUCAUAUCUAAUUUAACAGCCUCAUCAUCCACACCCAAAUAUUUCAUUUCCUAGCGGCGAUUUCCUAAUAAAGGCAAAAUUCCUUAUAUUUCUGAAAGGUUGGUGCUACAUACGGUAGGAAGAUGAUGACUGGCCACAUCAAGUAUUCCACAGGCUUGCGACUAGGAGUAAACAGAGUGGGGCAGGCACUUAAACGUGUUAAUCCACGCCAGCACCAUGAACGACAGACAUCCAUUACCCGCCACUUAAACCCUGUUCCAUACUAUGCCGAAUACUUUGGACACAAGCUCCAUCUUGAUCAAAACGAAAAGCUUAUUCGUUAUGGCGUGACAGAGGUUAUAGCAGUAGAUGGCUAUAGCUCCUUUAUAACUGCUACAUCGGUAAUGCCAUUGAAAAAUAAUAUCACCAUCUACAGGGAUGUGUUCAGGUUAGCUCUGACAUGAAAUAUAUAUUAUUUGCCGUGCACAUUUUUCAGGUAUAAAAAACUCUCAAAACUUCUCACUUGAAUUAGAAGGUACAAUUUAAUGAUACUCGUCAUCCACUUGUUCUAUUACUAGGGAAACCAUACUACGUCAUGGUUUGUUUGACCAAGUGAGAGUGGACCAUGGGAGAGAAUUUUAUCUAGUGCUGACCGUUCAGGAUCACUUAAAGGAGUUACGAAAUAAUACAUCUAGACAGCCAUACAUACAAACACAGUCAAAGCAGGUACGUGGUAAUAUAGAGGGAAGGAGAAAUGAACCGGUUAUUUUCUAUAGUGAUCGGUCGGCGUGGACCUGAAAAACCAAAUUUUCGCGGGUUUUCUGAAAUAAGGUGUUAAAGAAGAUAUAACUCCUUAAGAGCAGGUUGAAAACCUGACGCCUUCAGUGCUAGCACGUCGUCAACAAUAGGUUCAGGCUGCAAGUCCUCCGCCAUGCAUCCCUCUUUCCAUACUUAAACGGCAACUGAUUCUGCAUUCUCGUCCCCAGACCCUCCUGAGGGCCUCAGCACGAAGACCAGGAGGGUCUGUGACCCAGCAUUUGAAGUCCUAGAUUUUAGGACUUGCGGUUAUUUCCGAUUCAAAAGUAAGUUACAGGAUUCUCUUUUAAAAGCUUUGAAUCACCUAAAUUAACAGUCAUUGGCACUUCGGCAAGACCAAGCGAACGCUAUUAGAAACGUUGUAAAAAAUCAGAAAUGACCGGAAGCCCUAAAAUCUAGGACUUCAGAACCUCCUGAUCCUCGUGCUCUGGCCCCCAGGAGUCUUUGGCGAGUCUAGUAUUGAUAAGCCGAUAAGUAUUUGUUCUGCUUUUAUAAUUCUUAAUUAAAGAACCAUGCUGUGGAACGGCUCUGGGUAGAGGUUAACUGUCGCACAAACUAUCCUAUAAAGAGAGCACUCGUUCAAAUGGAAAACGAUGGUGUCAUUGAUAUAGAGGAUGAAGUAACAAAGUUCUGUGUCUCUUGGGUGGCAAAGAAAGUAGUGGAAGUAGGAGUGAGCUACAUGGUCAACUCAUGGAAUUCACACCCCAUUCCAGGUAAGGAGUCCUAG